CAUGAGAGCGGCGCCAUUUUCUAGUUCAUUGAAUAAAAGGGGGUUGGUGGCGGUUGGAGUUGCUGACCGGUACGCGUCCGAGCUUGUAAUUAAAUUGGCAAAUACCGGCGAUUUGUAAGGGGGAGAGAAAAAAAAAUAGAUUUUUUGUUGCCAUGUCAGCUACUCCGGCCCAGAAACCGUCCCGGGGCAGCGCGGCCCAAACGCCUCUGAGCCCGACUCGGAUCACUCGCAUUCAGGAGAAAGAGGAGCUGAAGAACCUCAAUGACCGCCUGGCUACCUACAUCGACAAAGUGCGCUCGCUCGAGUCCGAGAAUAGCGUGCUGCAGCUGAAGAUCUCCGAGAAGGAAGAGGUAACGACCAGGGAGUUGACCGGCAUUAAGUCCAUUUACGAGACUGAGUUGGCGGACGCCAGGAGGUUGCUGGACGAGACGGCCCGCGAAAAGGCGAAGUUGCAGAUUGAGUUGGGCAAGACCAAAACAGAACUGGAUGAGCUGACCAAAAAUUACAAGAAGAAAGAUAGUGACCUGAUAUCGGCUCUUGCACGGUUGAAAGAUUUUCAAUUGACCUAUCACAAAAAUGAAGCUGCACUUAACUCUGCUCUUAGUGAAAACAAUCGUUUGGAAGCAGAGAUGGAAGACUUGCGGUCACAGCUUGCUAAGGUUGAAAGCUCUCUGGCUGCUGCCCAAAAACAAUUGGAAGGAGAGACGCUGAUGCGAGUUGAUCUGGAGAAUCAGUGUCAGAGCUUAAAUGAGGAGCUGGCAUUCAGGAAAAAUGUGUUUGAAGAGGAAGUGCGUGAGACUAGGAAGAGACAAGACCGUCGAGUUGUGGAGGUGGAUUCUGGGCGAAGAAUCGACUAUGAAUCCAAACUGGCAGAUGCUCUUCAGGACCUGCGACAGCAGCAUGAAGGUCAAGUGAAACAGUACAAAGAUGACAUGGAACACACUUUCCAAGCCAAGUUGGAGAAUGCUAAAUUAGCAUCUGAUAGAAAUGACAAAGCUAUUGGAACAGCACGGGAAGACUUGCAGGAGGCAUAUCAUAGGAUUGAAAGUCUCAAUUAUCAACUUGGAGUCCUGCAGAAACAGUCUGCUGCUUCUGAGGCCAGAGUUCGGGAGCUAGAAGAUCUGCUUGCAAGUGACCGUGAUAAGUUCCGUAAGAUGCUGGAGGGAAAAGAGCAGGAAAUGGCUGAGCUGAGGGAUCGCAUGGAGAUGCAGCUGCAGGAAUACGAGGACCUCCUUGAUGUCAAACUGGCCCUUGACAUGGAAAUUCAAGCUUAUCGCAAACUUUUGGAAAGUGAAGAAGACAGGUUGAAGCUGUCUCCAAGUCCUUCCUCCAAGGUUACUGUGUCCCGUGCUACAUCUAGCAGCGCUGUUCAUACAUCUCGUACCAAACGAAAGCGUGUAGAAAUAGAAGAGCACAGAGAAAGCAGUCAAGUGGUGCAAACACACUCAUGCAGUGGUUUUAUCAGUAUUGAGCCAAUUGAUCUUGAGGGAAAAUUUGUUUGUCUCAGCAAUGAUUCUGAGAAGGAUCAGCCACUUGGAGGAUGGCGACUGAAGAGGCAAAUUGGAGAUGGGGAGGAAAUAGUCUACAAGUUCACCCCCAAAUACACUCUGAGGGCUGGACAGAAAGUCAAAAUUUGGAGUGCAGAUGCUGGCAAAGCCCACGGCCCUCCUACUGACCUUCUGUGGAAGAGUCAGAGUUGGGGCACUGGGGACAAUAUCAAGACUGUCCUUGUCAACUCUGAUGGAGAGGUAUGGCUUAAAUUCAUAGUAUCUAACAUUGGUAAAUUGUCAAGUGGUCACAGUUUACAGAAAUGUUUUUCCUGGUAUAAGGAAGACAGAGAAUUUUAGGUUUUGCAGGAAUAA